CGGUGCGAACCCAACAAAAAUCGUUUCGGCCACUCUCUCCCAACCCUCUGACCGUCGCCGUUCCUCUUCCAGCAUCCACCGCCGGGCGACGGACGACGGCGGUGGCCGGAAUUUUAUGUGAAGACUGACAAAGUUGAUAAAUGCACAUGAGUGGCUUGAGUUAAAGAGACUGCUAAUGGGAUAAUUAGUCUGUCCUGAUUCUGAGCUUGAGAGAAGCUGGAAAUUUGGUUAUGACUGACAUGCUUCUUAAGGUCUUCUUCAAUCAGUAGUGAGAAUUACUGUAUUUUGGCCAUUUUUCCAGAUACGAUCUCUUUCUUGGUUGUUCGUUGCAGCUGCAUUACCAAAAUGCUGGGAUUAACAUGCGAUUCUUGUAGGCUGAAAUCUUUGGGAACAUUUAGAGUGACAAUUUUGCAGAGUGCUCCUUCCCUUUUAUUGAAUGAAAUGUUUUGGUUUGGUCCAUUCAACUCCAAUUUACAGAGAAGAUGGAAGAAACCAGUAGAUUCUGCACAAACUCGUUUAGAGAACAGAACAAGAGAUCUCAGGCUUGACAAGCUAAUGAACCAGUUAAAGAAGUUGAAGUUAGUUCUUGGUGUGCAUGAGUUAUUGUCAAAACGGAGGGGUCACUACACAUCUGUGCAACUGCUUUCAAGAUGGAGACACAUCGCUGGAGUGAACAUAGGGAUAGGUGCUUUUCUUCGGAAGUAUCCGCAUAUAUUUGAGGUAUAUACACACCCUGUUAAGAGGAACCUUUGUUGUAAAAUGACCCAAAAUAUGGCCGACUUGAUCGAAGAGGAAGCCAUGGUCAUUAGAGAAUGUGAAGCAGCAGCUGUUCAGAGGUUGAAGAAGCUUCUUAUGAUGUCAGCCAAUGGGACACUGCACAUCCAUGCAUUAUGGCUUAUAAGGAGGGAGUUGGGUUUGCCGGAUGAUUUCAGAAAUUCGGUCCUUCCAAAGUAUCCAGAUGAUUUUAGAGUAGUCAGUCCUGAUGCUUUAGAAUUGAUCUCCAAAGAUGGAAGUUUGGCUGAAGCAGAAGUUGAGAAAUGGAGGGAGAAAGAGUACAGGGAAAAAUGGUUGAGUGAAGCUGAAACCAAGUAUGCUUUUCCAAUCCAGUUGCCUACAGGUUUUAAGAUAGAGAAAGGGUUUAGAGAAAAACUGAAGAACUGGCAGAUGCUCCCUUACUUGAAACCUUAUGAGAACAAGGAUGUUAUUCGGGUUGGCAAUGUACAGCGCUUUGAAAAGCGAGCUGUUGGUAUUCUUCAUGAAUUCUUGAGCUUAACAGUAGAGAAGAUGGUUGAGGUUGAAAGGCUGUCUCACUUUCGAAGAGAUUUUAGGAUGGAAGUAAAUGUGAGAGAACUUCUUCUUAAGCACCCUGGCAUCUUCUACAUCUCUACCAAAGGGAACACUCAGACUGUAUUUCUCAGAGAAGCAUCCAGUAAAAAUGGUCCGAUUGAGCCUAACCCUGUCUAUGCAGUACGAAGGAAAAUGCUAGACCUUGUAUUGCUAGGAUGCCGAGAUACUAAGCUAAUGUCUCCACUAAAGGAGCUUGAAGAAAGAUAUAAUAAAGUAAGAUGCAAUGGCUCAGAAGGUGGUCCAUGUGAUGGAGAUUGGGUUAUUCCAAUCUUGGAAGGUCAUGAUGAACAACCCACUAAUGGGAUCUUCAGGGAAAUGGGAGACCCAUCUGAUGAGGAUAAUCAUGAUUGAUGCACUUAUAUUACUAAGAACAUAUGCCAUUUUUGAUACAUUUUCUGGCUUUGAAAGUUGUAAUCUGCUCUGUUUAAUUCUGCACUUAGCUGGAAACAGGAAUCAAGCAGGCUGUCACAUUUUACAUUACAUAGCCUAUGAUUACAGCUAUAUAAGUUCACCUCACCUGAUGGCAUGAAUCAUUUCUGUUCAGAAUUAAGAAAUGACAGUCCAGAAAACUUUCUUAUAACAGGUACACAGAUGUUAUUUCUAUUUUACCGGUUCUGUUUUCUUUUGUGCAUUUGUCACAUGUUAUUUUACAGAUAGUUUAUCGAUGAUUUGAUCUGUAGAUAUUCUUUUAUAUAAUUAAACUGGCUAUUUAUCUAUGGGGUUCAUGAGGAGAAAACAUCGUCCUCAUUUUAGCUUUAUCAUGCUCUCUUAGGUCCAUCUUCGAUUUUCCUUAUAUUGAUGAAUUCAGUACAUAUAAAUAGUAUUGUCAUAUAUAGCAUUUUUCUUUUGGCAAGUGCAUAAUCAUGUCUAUGGACUCCAUUCCAGAUAUUAGCCUCUAACCAUGCAGACUAUGAUUUUUGUUUUGGUGAGUUCAUUCUCGAGUAUUUAACAUAUUGAGCAGUUUUAACUUUCUGAAUCAUAUGCACUCUAGCCUUUUAGACUAUGGUAAAAAUAUUUUGAGCUCAUAUGUGCAGGUAAGCACCAACAGGUUACCACCCCCCCCCCCCCCCCCCCCCCCACCACCAAACAAAGAAAAAAACGAACAAAGGAAAGUACAUAAAUAGGAAGGUAAAUAAAGCUCCUGACAAUUCGUGCUGCCUUUAGCAACAGAGAUCAGUGCAGGCUUGCAGAAACACAUGAACAUAAACAAAAUCAGAGGAGUUGGCUAUGCAGUCUAAAUGAGCAAGCAUUGGUUCAAAUACAGCGGAUCUUCAAACCUGGAUCCUUGAGCAAUGAGCUUGCUGCACUUUGUUUUUUUUGAGCCUGAGUUGCAAUGCAAGGGCAAGUUGUCCCAGCCUUAUCCACAUUGUGAACUCUGAAACAAGUGGAGCAAAACCUAGCUGCUCCUGAGAAUAAUGUUAGACUAUAUGUAGCUUUCACACCAGUAGUGCCUACUAGUGAGCAUUCUCUACCUGUAUCUACUGCUCAAAAGCAAUUCUCUACCUGUAUCUACUGCUCCUUAGCAGAACUCAAGGUUUUACCAAUUUUAUCGAUAGGUAAAGCCUUCAGCACCAGUGCUCAACAUUGUGGAGUGUUCCCACACCCAAGCCUAUUGGCUUCCUCAUACAUAAUGAUGUCAACUUCGCAAAUCUGAUGAUAAGACCAGCAGGUUGAUCUUGCAACCAAAACCAGGAAAGAUGCAGGAUUUGAUCAUGGGCUUCUGGGAGAGGGUGUUCGCUCCUCAGCAGAUUGAAGGUUCAAUAAGGGCAAUAAGUUUUGGUAGUUAUGCAAAAGACUGUAUUUGAUGUAUCAUUUUUCUUCCCUUGCUUUUCUUUGUGUCUAAUAGCAUCAGCUUUUGUAUUAAUAUUAUUUUAUAGUUUGUGUUGAUGUUUCAAUCUCUCAGCCUCUGAUAGGUGGUGGCCUGGUGUGUGCUCUUCUUGAGGAUGUAUCUAAUAUCUGAUCCUGAUGCAAUAUGCAAGAUGGAAGUUCUGAUGACAGUCUUGCCCAAACAUGGAACAAAGUGCGUCACAGGUUUUGGAUUUAAAUUUUGGACUCCAUUGUAGUGCUUCCAGCCACCUAUUUAGCAUGAUGCUGAAGUCAUUCUUUAAUACACUUCGGUGGAGGGAAACAGUCUUAACACAAAGGACUGGCUGUAGGCAUUGCUGAUCAAACAAUUGCAUAAGUUAGAACAAUCUUCUUGCAAUCAAAUUCUGGUGCACAUUUUUUCUGUAUAUUAAUAUAGAUUUUUGUAUCCCACAAUCAUACAUAGACAGACAAAACUAGGCCGUUUUUGUUUCA